AAUUGUACAACUCAAUUUCUGCAAGCCUACAAUCCAAUCUUUCGAACUUCCAGUUUUUAUCAAAUCCUAGUUUCUGGAUUAUCGACUUUUCCAUUGGCAUAUUUUUUGAUUUUCAAGUUAUGGCCAUCGAGUUUUCAUGGGAACUUGAAAGCGAUUUUUGUUGGAUAUUUUGUUUCUUUGAUUCUUUUUUCCAUUUUUUAUACGGUUACUGCGACAAUCCAAUCACUGAAUCCAUUCAUUGCUCAUACCAACUGUGAUCUCCUGGUCCCUCCAUUUUAUCACAAAAUCCUCUUAUCAACUAUCUCGUUUCUUAUCACUUUAUCAACUUCUUUCCCAUUUUUUAUCACUUUUGAACGUUAUUUUGCUAUAAAAUUUUUGGAAAAAUAUGAGCAAUUUAUAGUUAUUUUGGGUCCAUUAUUAGUUAAUGUCAAUAUCAUUAUCAAUUUCUGUAUUGUAUUCAAUAUUUUCCAAGAUGAGGAGUUUUCGGAACCAUCAGUUUCAUUUUCAGUCAAUCCACCGGAUGCCGCUCAAAAAAUGUUCACAUUCUACACAAUUCUUUUCAUCCUAAAUAUCUUUGAUAUUCUUUUGAAUUUUCGUUUAAUUUUUCGAAAUUUUCAAUUAAAAAAGGCACUUUCCAAUGCUUCAUUAUCAGUAAAAUAUCAAUUAGAAGAAGUUUAUCAAUCAACGAAAUUCUCAAUUUUUGUAAUUUUUGUUCAUAUCAUUUUAUUCGGAAUUUAUGUUUUUCUAGUCGUAUUUUUUCGAUAUUUUGGGAAUUUAAUAGUUUCCGACCCCUAUAACUUAUUCGGGAUUCGCACAUUCUCUUCUACAAUGAUUCCCACUUAUCACUUGGCAAUUGGCAUUUUUUCGAUUUAUUUUUUCAAAAAACUCAAAUCUCAAAAUUUGCAAACGACGACGAUUCAGAUGUCGUCAACUGGAACUUCUGGAGCCAAAAAUUAUGAAAAAGCGAUUUUUGAAAUUUGGAAUACUGUAGAAUUUGCU